AUGGCGUCCACAAGCGAGGAGGAGCAGCUCAAGGCCGAGAUUGCCAAGCUCUCGGGAGCCAUUCAGACGCACAAGCAGCAGGGCUUCCACCAGCCAACCUACCAGGCGUACGGAGGUGGAUACUCUUCAAGAGGUCGCGGGCAUUACCCGACAGCAGGCCCGUCGUCAUAUCGCGGCGCUCGAGGUGGAUAUCAUCCAGGAGCAGCUGUUGGCAGGGGGCGAGGUCGAGGCGCGGCAGCUGGUCCGCCUCGAAACCGCACUUUGAUACUCAACGACUCGAGCAACAAGGCUGCAGUGACAGGCACUGCCACAACAUCGACCAGCACUUCGACCGAUAAGGCCAGCACAGCUGAAGCCUCAUCAUCAAGCUCAGCUACCACCGCUUCAAUACCGUCAACAACCGCAUCCGCAGCAGUCCCGUCCGACGGCUGGAUCAAACGCAAGUCGACACACAACAUGAGCCUGGUCAGCACCUCAACCUUCCAACGCACCGAACCGGCCCGCCUCGCAGCGAUGGAAGCCACACGCAAAGCCAAAGCGGAAGCCAAAUCCAGCUCGAGCAAGCAGCCGCUCAAGCCCAAGGGUGCCAAAUCAUCCGUCCGCCGUGGCGACAAUAUGGGCGAAGUCGUCAUCGACGGCGUCGUCUUUGAGUUCGACCCCUCAGGCACUAAGCUGGUCAAGAAACCCAUCCAACCUCCUUCCGAUACGCCGACCUCAUCUGCAGCACCGGAGGCUGUGCCGCUGAAAACGUCCAUCAACGGCCAAUCGUACAUCCGCACCAAGCGGGGCAACCUCAUCUCCUCGGCGCUCCUGGCCAAACGCAAGACCCAACGCGAGGCGUCCGCCAAGAUGGGGCGCCUCAACACGAUGGUUGGUCAAAUCUCCGCCAUUCAGGCCACACGCAAUGCGGGCACCAAAGGUUCGAAGACGUUGGAUGUCAAGAAAGCCCGUACGCUGUGCACGUUUUUCACCCGCACCGGGUCGUGCAAGCGCGGCCUGUCUUGUCCGUAUCUGCACGACUCGGGCAAGAUCGCGCUGUGUCCCAAGGUGUUGCGUCCCGCAGGAUGUAGUUUGCCCAAAGGUACGUGUCCACUAUCGCACGGUGUGAGGCCGGAACGCGUGCCGCACUGCGUGCAUUUCCUCCGUUUGGGCAGGUGCAGGAACGGCGACGAGUGUCUGUACACCCACACUGAGCUGCCGGACGGAGCGCAAACGAAGAUCUGUAGGGAAUUCAGCGAGUACGGCUGGUGCGAGAGAGGCAAAGGGUGUCAGGAGAGACAUACGUACGAAUGCCCGGACUUCGUGGAGAAGGGCAAGUGCGAGAGGAAAGGGUGUAAGUUGGUGCAUGUUUUGCGAGCGCAGCCUGCCAUGGAAGAGGGAGGGAUGCAGGAUGGGGAGCUGUUCAUGCGGGACGAUGCGGCUGCGGCUGAGCCGUCCGAUGAAGAAGAGACGAGGGGAAAACGAAAGAGACCGCUCAUGCAGACUGAGCUGGAUGAUGAUCAGUUGUUGCCCGAUGAGGAUGAUGGAGAGGAGGAUGACGAGCAGGUCAACUUUGCCGAUAUGGGAGAGAGCAGGCGGGCAAAGAGGAGGAAGGCGAAAGCGUUCACGCAGCAGAAGGAUUUCAUCUCGUUUGAUGAUGAGGAUGGGGAGGAGGAGGAAGAGGAGGAAGCGGAGAGCGAGGAAGAGGAAGUCUCGGAAGACGAGGAUGAGGAUGAGAACCAGGACGAGGUGGACGUGGCCAGCGUGCACAGCGAGGAUUUCGAGUUGAGCGAUGGCGAGGACGAGGAGGUUGAGCAGGAAGAUGAAGAGGAAGAGGCGGAUGAGCACGAAUCUGCGAAGCUCCACGCCGACCAUCAGCACAGGCUGGACCGAGACGAGGCCGACGAUGACGAUCUGGUCGAUCGGGACCUGUGA